AUGAUUUCACCAAAGAAAAUACAAAAGCGGAAAUAUAUUACCACACGUGAACUCCAGCAGCAGCAGCAAAAUUCAAGGAAGACUGUGAAGAAGACACCUGAGGCCGGACAGAGGUAUGCAUUAAGAUCAUCGCCAACUCUGUUUCCUAGUCAACAAGAUGCAUCUCCUACGCAAGUGAAGGAUAAAGGCUCUGCAAGAAGGAAACUGCAGUUACAAGAAUCAAUUAUACCAGAGAAAGAGUUGCUCCCACCACCACAGCCAACUGAAACCAAAGGGAACAAACCCCGCAAAAUUCAAAAAAAUGACAAAACGAAAGAUCAGCCAUUUGGUGACGCUUCUCAAGUAAGAUGUUCCCUUGUACUUGCUAUACCUGAGACGGAGCAAUCCAAUGACAAAGACAAAGUUUCUCCGGAUGGCGAUGAUGAAUAUAUUCCGGAAAAUGAGGACGAAGAUGGUAGUGAUGAUACAUCUGAGAAAAUGACUGUUGUGAAGAAAAAGAAGCUAAUUCAUGGCCCCCUUGGACCAAGAACUCGUUCGAGAGCUAAUGUCACGGCUGAAACAGCUGCAACAGAUAAUGAACAACCGCAAGCUGGUAAAACAUCUGGGAAGAAAAUGACUAGUUCAUUUAAGCCCCUGAAACCAACUUGCAGCAAAAUUUUAAAAUCAGCAAGCAAUUCAGAACCAUGUGGCACUGUAGCUUCUUAUUUGGCACUGCGGGAACGUCAGAAGCAGGGUAUCCCUCCUCCAACACCCGAGAAUGUCGACACUUCUAAUUUGGAAAAUGUUGUUGAGGAAGAAACUGAAUCAGUACCAAAGCCCAGAAAAUGGAGAGGAAGGACAAAAAUGGUUUCUGUUCACGCAAGGACACGUGAUGAAAGACCUGUUAUUUUUUUGAACAAAAAAAAUGUACCUGUUGCGAGUAACCCAAAACUAACUAGAGAGCUGAGUAAUUUUCUCGGGACACUUGCAAAGGACAAUGUCUCGCUGACUUAUGUCAACUGGAAAGUGGUUCCUGAACAACUGAAGAAGAAAAUGUGGGACUAUACUCGGGACUAUUACAUUAUUCCGAACGAAGCUGAGCAUUGGGUUUACGAGACCAUUAAUAGAUGUUGGAGAACUUACAAGUCUCGAAUGAAGACCAAGCACUACACGCAGCAUGCCACUGAUAAGGAAAGGAUGGAAAAUAGGCCCAAGGAUAUUCCGCUCGAGGAUUUUGAAAUGUUGGUGAAGUACUGGGGAGACGAGUCAGUUAAGGUAUUAGCGGAUGAUAACAAAGAUCACCGCUCUUCAUUAACUGACCCACACACUCUAGGUGCCAACAGUAGUGCAGAAGUUGGAGAGAAGUUGAAAAAAGGUGAUCCCAAUCUUGCCUCGCCGUCAAAAGCUGAUAUAUAUCUGGAAUCUCGUGAGCGAGAAGAUGGCCGAAAAUACAAGACUACAGCUGCAUCGAAAAAAAGAUGCAGAAAUAACAAGAAAGUGAUGGAAUCAGAUUCGGCUCCUGCAGACACUUAUUUGGAUGAUUUGACUACAAAGAUUAGGGGAGAACUUGAGGCUGAAUUGGAAGAAAAGGUUUCCAAGAAAGUCCAGGAUAACUUGUCCAUGAUCCUCAAAAAAAUAGCAGAGGCUAAUCCCGGUCUGAAUAUGGACAUUGGAGGAGUUGGUGCUACUAUUGCAAGCGAGGAUGAUGAAAAUGGUACACCAUUCAGUGCCAGGACUGCCAGGACUUCCGGGACUUCCGGGACUGCCGGGACUUCCGGGACUGCCGGGACUUCUUAA